CUGAAUACUCAGUACUCGAUACUCAAAACUUGGUACUUGGUACUAAGUUCCCAGUACUUGAUACUCAAUGCUGAAUAUCUUGCACCAAGCACCAAGCACCAAGCACCAAGCACCAAGCACCAAGCACCAAGCACCAAGCACCGGGCACCAGGCACCGAGCACCGAGCACCGAGCACCGAGCACCGAGCACCGAGCACUGAAUACUCAGUACUCAGCACUCGGUACUCGGUACUUAGUACUCAGUUCCCGGAACUUGAUACUCAAUGCUCAAUAUCUUGGUAG